CCCUGAGGGGUGACGUCACCCGCGCUAGGCGCGGGGGCGGAGCCGCGCGCGCUUUAUAUUUCCGGAGGGAGGACGGGAAGCGGAAGUCGCGGUUGAAGUCGCGGCGGAAGGCCUGGUUGCAGCGCGGUGCCAACACUACUGCUAGCGGCGGCUCCAGAACCAGCGGCGACUCAAGAUGUCGAUCGAAAUCGAGUCCUCCGAUGUGAUCCGGCUCAUCAUGCAGUACCUGAAGGAGAACAGCCUCCACCGGGCGCUCGCCACCCUUCAGGAGGAGACCACCGUGUCCCUCAACACCGUGGACAGCAUAGAGAGCUUCGUGGCAGACAUCAACAGUGGGCACUGGGACACGGUGCUACAAGCCAUACAAUCUUUGAAGCUGCCUGACAAGACCCUCAUUGAUCUCUAUGAGCAGGUCGUGCUGGAGUUGAUUGAGCUCCGGGAGCUGGGUGCUGCCAGGUCUCUGCUGAGACAGACGGAUCCCAUGAUCAUGCUGAAACAAACUCAGCCAGAGCGCUACAUCCACCUCGAAAACCUUCUGGCCAGAUCUUACUUCGAUCCUCGUGAGGCAUACCCAGAUGGAAGUAGCAAAGAGAAGCGGAGAGCUGCUAUUGCACAAGCUUUGGCUGGAGAGGUCAGCGUGGUGCCUCCAUCUCGUCUUAUGGCAUUGCUGGGGCAGGCAUUGAAAUGGCAGCAGCACCAGGGCCUGCUUCCUCCCGGUAUGACAAUUGACUUGUUCAGAGGCAAAGCAGCUGUGAAAGACGUGGAAGAAGAGAAGUUCCCCACGCAGCUGAGCAGGCAUAUUAAGUUUGGGCAGAAAUCACAUGUGGAGUGUGCUCGGUUUUCUCCAGAUGGACAGUAUCUGGUUACUGGCUCAGUUGAUGGAUUCAUCGAAGUCUGGAACUUCACUACUGGAAAGAUUAGGAAGGAUCUGAAGUAUCAGGCACAAGAUAAUUUCAUGAUGAUGGAUGAUGCAGUGCUGUGCAUGUGCUUCAGUAGAGAUACAGAAAUGCUAGCAACUGGAGCACAAGAUGGAAAGAUCAAGGUGUGGAAAAUCCAGAGUGGUCAGUGUCUGAGAAGAUUUGAACGAGCUCACAGUAAAGGUGUUACGUGCCUCAGUUUCUCUAAAGACAGCAGCCAAAUUCUUAGUGCUUCUUUUGAUCAGACAAUCAGGAUUCAUGGUUUAAAGUCUGGGAAAACCCUGAAGGAAUUCCGUGGUCAUUCUUCCUUUGUCAAUGAAGCUACGUUUACCCAGGAUGGCCACUAUAUUAUCAGUGCCUCCUCUGAUGGCACAGUCAAGGUUUGGAAUGUGAAGACAACAGAGUGCUCCAACACCUUCAAGUCUCUUGGCAGCACUGCUGGGACAGACAUCACUGUGAACAGUGUCAUUCUUCUGCCGAAAAACCCAGAACACUUUGUUGUUUGCAACAGGUCGAAUACAGUCGUCAUCAUGAAUAUGCAAGGACAAAUUGUAAGAAGCUUUAGCUCUGGUAAGAGAGAAGGUGGUGACUUUGUCUGCUGUGCACUUUCUCCUCGUGGUGAAUGGAUCUACUGCGUUGGUGAAGAUUUUGUGCUGUACUGUUUCAGCACAGUGACGGGCAAGCUGGAGAGAACUCUAACUGUCCAUGAAAAAGACGUCAUUGGCAUUGCUCAUCACCCCCACCAGAACCUGAUUGCCACUUACAGUGAAGAUGGCCUCCUCAAGCUCUGGAAGCCAUAGAUUGAUUUUGCAGCAACCUCUGAAGCUUACCUGUUAGUUAGCAGGUUACUAGUGUUUGUGCUUUAACAAGGUUUAAAUACGCAGAGUGUGAUACUUGCUCAAUUUUCAGUUCAGGUUUCCAGAGAACUACAUUUUUACCUACCUAGAGUGGACUGAUGCAUAGAUAUAGCAUCAGUUAAUUUCAUAUACUUUUAUUUUUACUAGAGAGUAGCUGAAGCAACUUCGGUGAGAAUGCUUUUUCUGCCUCCUGAAGUCUGUACUCUUCCUACAAUGUUUGUAAAAGUUCAAUGAGCCAGCAGCUGUAUACAUUUAUGAGUGGUUGCUGAUUUCCUAGAAUACAGGAAAAUUUUAGUUGGUUUUGUUUUGUUUUGUUGUUUUUUUUUUUUUAGUGAAAUAUGGAGUGGAAAGCUGUCUCUUCCCCACUGCUGAAACAGGAAUAGUUUCCUGGAUGCAGAUGAGGAUACAGCUUGAAGAUGGGGUCAUUUCUAGGCCAUUGGGUUUUGCUGUAUUCAAUUUUCGCUAUAAUUUUCCCAAUGAUAGUGGAAAGUAGUGUCACACAGCUGCCUCAUAAUGAAACUACCCUUCCCCAUCUGCCAGCACUUCCUACUAUAGACUGUAAGCUUGUCCAAUGUGGCAGUGAGAUACAGUUGAUUUUGGGGAUUUUUUUUUAGUUUUGUUUUAUUUCAGACAAAAAGGAGCUAUUACCAGGGCUCUCUUCCUGUAAGUGCAAAAUGUUUUCCAGCUAUAGACCAACUAUAACUGAAACAGGCUCCAGGGGAUCAAUAUUUCAAAACAUGAAAAAAUUGGUUUACAUAGGCUGAGUUCCUAGUGCUGUCAUAAUGCUUUAAAUAAUUAUUUUUAAUAUUUUUUAAAUUUCAUAUGCCUGUGGACCUAGCUAAGGGUAUACUUAGGUCCCACAAAAUUAUAAAAAGAUACUUUCAGGCUCUUCAAUUUGAAGCACAUGAUUUUUUGUUGAGAGAUUCUGACUAAUGUACAGUGUUCUGAAUGUACACCAGAAUCUUCUGAAGUCUGACAGUGUCUUUUGUAGGAUGCAGAAGAAAGUUUAUCCUGUAGUGAUGAAUCAAAUGCAUGUUGAUUUGAAUCUGCUACACUGUGUUCUGUUCUCAUCUCUUGUAGAAUGCUUUUGUACUACAGUAAUCUUCCAGACAGUAUAAUAACUUGUCUUCAACUCAAUAAAUUAGUUCCACUUUAAA